GUAAACUACGAAAGAAAUAAAGAAUCUCAUUCUGCAUUAUAGUCCAACUUACCUCUUCUUUAGUUUUUUUCUCGAAAGAACGGACACGCACUGUCAUCCUUGUUUUCUCGAAAGAAAUAAAGAAUAAAGCAAAAGAGAAACCCCCGUGUUAGUUUAUCAGAGAUCUCACCCUUUCGAGUUUCGACUUCAUAUUUACUCCGUACGAUUUAUAAUAGUAUGUUCUUGUAUAUAGAUUUACACAUCGUAGCUUCUAAGGCAAGGGAUAAUUUCCUAUAUUAAUAACAUAUUCAGAGUAUAUUUCAAGUAUCAAGGAUUCGAACGCGCGCAUUUUGUUGCUGUAUUGCUGAUCAUUCACUGAUUCUGUUGGGUGUCUGCUUCAAUUAUGCUACAGGGUUCUUCACUCAUGCUAAUUGUCAAUUAAAUACUGGGGAAGGAAUAUGGCAACAGAGCUGGUAAACUCCGCUACAAGUGAGAAACUCAAUGAAACAGAUUGGAUGAAAAACAUUGAAAUUUGUGAAUUAGUUGCUCGUGAUCAUAGCAAAGCUAAAGAAGUUAUUAAAGCUUUAAAGAAGCGUUUGGGAAGUAAAAAUCCCACAACUCACAUAUUUGCAGUUACAUUGCUGGAAAUGCUAAUGAACAAUAUUGGAGAUCCUGUUCAUAAGCAGGUCAUAGAGACCAGAAUCCUCCCAAUGCUUGUACUGAUAGUAAAGAAAAAGUCAGAUAUAGCUAUACAAGAGAAAAUAUAUCAUCUUCUGGAUGCUGCACAGACAUCUGUUGGUGGGAUUUCUGGGAGGUACCCUCAGUACUAUUCUGCUUACCAUGAGUUGAGUGCAGGAGUGCAGUUUGGUCAACGACCUCAUGUGAUCCCAAAAGAGCCUUCAUUAUCUUCUAAUGAGAAUAAGAACAAUAACCCUGGUGGCAGUGAGCUGGCCUCUUCUAAAAGUAAAAAAAAAUCACCCCAACCAGAGACAAAAAAUGAUUCAGGUUCUAGUGUUCUGCAAAAAGCCAAUGCUGCACUUGAAAUCUUAAGGGAUGUCAUGGAUGCUGUUGACCCUCAACUUCCUGAGGGAGGAAAGGAUGAGUUCACACUUGAUCUUGUGGAACAAUGUUCAUUUCAGAAGCAAAGGGUUAUGCAUCUUGCAAUGACUUCUGGAGAUGGUGAUGUAGUUUCUAAAGCUAUUGAGGUCAAUGAGCAGCUUGAUAAAGUUCUUUCACGGCAUGAUGCACUUGUUUCUGGUAGGACUAUAUCAAUGCAUAUUCCUGCUGGUAAUGAACAACCCGAGGAUGAGGAGGAGGCUGAACAGCUUUAUCGGAGAAUGCGAAAAGGAAAAGCACAUGUACAAUCUGAAGAUGAAGACCGUCACAUAGAUCAACCAAGGGGAUUGCUUGGCUCAUCCGUUCCUGGCAGUAGGCUUCACCGUCCACUUAUAAGGACAGAAGAGUCUUCAGACCAUAAACAGGAAUAUGAUAGGGGGAAAGCAGCAGCUGUUGCAAUUCCACCGCCACCUGCCAAGCAUGCUGAGAGGGAGAAAUUCUUUAGGGAAAACAAAUCAUCAGAUAGCUCUUCUACAGCUUUAACGGGGCAUGUCAGGGAUCUUUCCUUACACCGUCGCAAUGCCAGCAGUUCCCGAACUGGCAGCGUCGAUUUUAGUAACUAAUAAGGGAGACAAUGGGAUGACUUGUUUUCAACAAACAAGUGCUUUUUACAGGAAGAGUAUAUCACUUUUGCUUGAAGAAGAGAUGACAGGAAAAUGAAAAAGUGUUGUUUAUCACUAGAGUAAAAAAGCAAAUCACUUUUAAUGCUGGCUUUAGGAAGCACCAGAUAGGUGUUCUUUCGAAAAGUACUUACAAGUGCUUAAAUGAGAAAUCACCGAUGAUAAAAGCACUGGUACCAUAAGUUAUCCCAAAUAGUCUGUGUGCUCUUGUUAUCUCAUAUGAGGAUUCUUUUUAUUCCCAAUAGAUGCUGAACCGGAAUUAGAUGGUUUGGGAAUCAAAAUACCUAUCCCAAUAUGGAGUUAGUGCCGAUUACCUAACCUUUUGUUUGUGCUCACUUUCUCAGUUUGUCUAGUGGGUUAGCAUGGUACAAAUUGUAAUGCUUAGUGAGUUUUACAAAUGUUUUGAAUGAGUUUGAAGAUGCUGGGACUUGAAAUGUUAUACUAGUGCGCAUAUUUGUUCCUGACAGAGGCGGUCUUUGUAUGUGUACACCACUAUUCAGUAUACACUUUGAUUUGAUCAAAAA